AUGGAAAACGUAUGGCUCUUGGCAACCAUUGGAUCCAAAAGCAAUGGUAGAAAGAACUUUAAUAAAGAGAUCCUUGAUACUCGUAUCCCUAACCUAUGUGUACGUGUAAUAAAAUAUAGUGACCACACAAGUAUCCGGUUCUGUGCCAAUAUAAUGUUGGGGGUUGCCAUUGCGUAUCGUAAACAAGUGGAAAAAGUGUUGGACGAAGUUAAUUUUAUGAGGACUCGACUUUCUAUGGGGACAAAUCAUUCACAGGAGAAACAAUUGUUACCUGUAUUCCAAAGGAGAAGCCCCUUACUGAGUGGUGUUGAUAAUGAGUAUGAAGAACAUGUUAUCAUGAAAGAAUACAAGGGUACUUCCUCUCUUCGAAAUCUUGAUGAUGAUCCAGAGUUCAAUAUUGAGAGAGAUUUAAUUCCUCCUUUUGUUGGUAAAAGUGUUCAAGACCCUAUGGCCAAAAAAAGAAAAAUUGAAAUCGAAGAGUAUGAUAAGUUAAUUUUCCCUGGUUUAACGAAAAUGACUCCGGUGUCUUCUCUGUCGGGGAUGGGAGCUCCCAGCCGUCAAAGUACUCUUCUGGGUUUUAACGUCCAACCAGCUUUAGAAAUGGGAGGUGUUGAAGACGUGGUAUUUGAAUUAAAUGAUGAUGGAUUCUUGGUUCUGAAAGAUGGUGAAUCCUAUGAUCAAAGUAUUCUCGAUGAUGUUGAUUUAAGAACAAAUACUGAUUUACCUAAUCCCCAAGUAUUUCAAGAAAUCCGUGAAGAAGAAUUGCUUUCUAUUUCAAACGAUACAGAUUUUGCACUUGUAUCAAAUGCUCGUACGCUUGAUAGAGAUAGAGCUGAAACUUUAAACCAAAAUCCACUCUCAAAAAUUAGAUUUACAAACUUACAAGUUGAUGAAGAUAUAGUGAAAAUUCCAUCGACAGUUUUAACUGAGUCUCAUAGGAUUUAUGAAUUGCAAAUGAAAGAAUUUCAACUUAGUCAGACAAUGACAAGUCGUUUGGUCCAAUUAACUUCAAAGGCUACAAAGGAAAUUAAUUUUCUGUUUCUUGGAUUCACAAAAUAUAAUAAUUCUUCUUUACUCGAUUCAAUCUUGAGAACUCUCGAAGAAAGAUCAAAAUGCCAAUUGGCUGAAGAUGUAGAAAUUGAAUAUGGAAAACGUUCACAAUUGCCAGAGAACAUUUUAGACGAAUUGGGUAUUUUGGAUUUUGAUUCUCAUUAUUUGCAACAUCCACCACUGAUUGCUGCUUCCAGUGAUAUUUUUGAUUUGGAAGUUGGAGUUUUGCAACAUAAUUAUAGUACUCAAAGUCGUUCUUCUAGCCGAGGUGAUCCAUUACAUGAUAUAGGGUUUGGGCUUGGAAUACCUACUAAUAUUGAUGAAGAUAUUGAGAAUCUACAUUCUUUCAAUACAGGUAUUGGUCAUACCACUACAUUAUUCAUUCAAUUUUUAAUACAAAGGGCAAAUCAACUUGGAGAAAUAAACUAUUCCUGUCCAUAUUCACUUAAAAUAUUAGAUGACACGCAUGAUACUAUAAUUAGCUACACAGGAAGCAAAUUUGGUUACAUUGAGUUUACAAGGUUAAUUCCAACUAAGAGUUCUAGCAAUUUGUUAUUAGAACAACCGGUUACAAGAACUUCAGCAGCUAAUGGGUUUGCAAGUCUUCUUGUUCUUGCUUGUAAAGAUUUGGUCCACUUAGAAAGUGAAACGUCAGGUAAUUGGUGGAACCCCGCUAUCUUUACCGUUGUUGUACCCUGUCCUUGA